GGUUAAGAUUAGAGUCUGUUAGAUUAACUACUAGGAUGCAGGGAUGGGAGAUGAUUUCCUUCGUUUUGACUGGGUUUGUCCUGGGCUUUCUCCUUUUUGUCGCUCCUGUGGCUGCUGUUUAUCCGCGCAAAGCUGCGGUGCUGCAGCAUGCAGCCAAUAAGAUCCGGACUGGACUGUAUAGAAGCACAAUGGCGACACCGAAAAACACUCCCCGAGGUGCCAACACACCACUGUCCCCCAACCGCAUCACCCGGCUCCAGGAGAAGGAUGACCUGUGCAACCUCAACGAUCGGCUGGCCGUCUACAUCGACAAGGUGCGCUCUCUGGAGAGCGAGAACGCCGGCCUGCGUCUGCGCAUCACCGAGUCGGAGACGGAGGUCAGCCGGGAGCUGACGGGCCUGAAGGCCGCUUACGAGACCGAGCUGGCCGAUGCCCGUAAGACUCUGGACUCUGUGGCCAAAGAGAGAGCACGUCUGCAGCUGGAGCUGGGCAAGCUGCGAGAGGACUACAAGGAGCUGAAAGCAAGGAACACCAAAAAGGAGUCUGACCUGGCUGCAGCAUUGCUGAGGCUCAAAGACCUGGAGGCCCUGCUGAACUCCAAGGAUGCGUCCUUGUCUACGGCUCUGGGAGAGAAGCGCAGCCUGGACGUGGAAAACAGGGACCUGAAGGCGCAGGUUGCCAAGCUGGACACCAGUUUGGCCGAUGCCAAGAAGCAGCUGCAGGACGAGAUGCUGAGGAGGGUGGACGGAGAGAACCGCAUCCAGACCCUCAAAGAGGAGCUGGAGUUUUCCAGGAGCCUCCACUCUGAGGAACUGCGGGAGACAAAGCGACGUCACGAGUCUCGCAUGGUUGAGGUGGACAAUGGCCUAGUGCAGGAUUUUGAAAGCAAGUUGGCCGAGGCGCUGGCAGACAUGCGUAGCCAGCACGAACUGCAGAUCAAAAUAUACAAAGAUGAGAUUGAGAAGACCUACAAUUCCAAGCUGGAUAAUGCCCGUCAGUCAGCGGACAGGAACAGCCACCUGGUUGGAGCAGCACACGAGGAGCUGCAGCAGACACGAAUCCGCCUGGAGUCCAUGUCCUCUCAGCUCAGCCAGCUGCAGAAACAGCUGGCGGCCCGCGAGGCCAAGUUAAGGGACUUGGAGGAUGCCCUGUCUCGGGAGCGGGACACCACCCGUCGCCUGCUGGGGGAGAAAGACAGAGAAAUGGCCGAGAUGAGGCAGCAAAUGCAGCAGCAGCUGGAUGAGUACCAGGAGCUCCUGGAUGUCAAGCUGGCUCUGGAUAUGGAGAUAUGCGCUUACAGGAAGCUGCUGGAGGGAGAGGAGCAGAGGCUGCGUCUCUCCCCGAGCCCUCCGCCCACCAAAGUGACAGGAAGUCGUUCCUCUACUUCAGGAGGUCUCUCUCGAUCAGUCCACUACAGCAAUCAGAGCUCUCCUGCCAAGAGGCGCCGCCCCAACGACACCGACAGCGAGGCUUCGAGCAUCGCAGGUGGAGCUGUGGCCCGCACUCGCAUCGCCCAGCAGGCCUCAGCCAGCGGACGGGUCACCGUGGACGAGGUGGACCUGGAUGGGAAAUACGUCCGACUCAGCAACAAAUCAGAUGAGGAUCAGAAUUUGGGGAACUGGCAGCUGAAGCGGCAGGUGGGCUCUGGUGCUGCCAUCGUCUUCAAAUUCCCGGUAAAAUUCACCUUGAGGGCCGGCCAGAGGGUCACGAUCUGGGCCUCUGGUGCUGGUGGAACCCACAAUCCUCCCUCUGACCUGGUGUGGAAGACUCAGUCCUCUUGGGGCACCGGAGACUUGUUCCAGACCACCCUGAUCAGUGCCAAUGGAGAGGAAAUGGCAAUGAGGAAGGUCACCCGCACACAGUUUGAAGAAGAUGAUGAUGACAUGCAGGUGGCUCACAGCACCUGUGGAGACAGCGAGUACAACCUGCGGAGCCGGACGGUGGUCUGCGGCUCCUGCGGACUUCCUUCAGACAAAUCCGGCAGCAACUGCUCCGUGAGCUCAGCCUCCCGCUCCUACCGCAGCGGAGGCCUCUCCGAGGGGCUACUGCCGCACUCCUACGUGUUCAGCGCCAGCACUCCUCGCAAGACUGGAGCCAGGCUGGAGAACUGUCCAAUCAUGUGAGCCUCUUGGAUCCACGCUGAAACACUUCCAACUCUAUUAGUCGUCAGUUAGUACUUUAGUUCUUUAGUUAACAGUUGUAGUUAUUAGUUUCAGUUCAUGUAUUUUGGAAUAAUUUUCAAUUAUCGUAUGCAAUAAAACUUUUGUACUGCUUUUUUUAUAAUGUACAUAGGCAUGGUUAUGAAAUAUUUUCUUGAAUUUAAAUGGUGAUUAAAGCAAGUCACUUUUUGUUUGUAUUGGUGACAUUAAGGUUUGGAAAUAUCUACCAGACUUCCACCUAUAGCAGUAAAAUAUGAUCCUACCAGCUACUUUAACAACUUAAAACAACUGUGUGGGCUAAUUUAUUCUAAACGCCUUGUUUACUAGUAAAAGAAGGUUGUUGCAGGUAGAUCAAAUCAUACUUUCUUGUGCUUUUCAUAUCACAGUUAAAUCAGAUUUGUAUUACAUUCCGUAAACAUACUGAUGCAGCAGGGUUGCAGUAAAUUCAUACAUUUUUUUGUGUUCAAUUAUUUUGAAAAAUACAUUUAUUCUGAAAAUAAUUUGCUUCUGUAGUUAAAGGGGACAUAUCAUGAAAAACUCACUUUCUCAGUGCUCAUACAUUUGGGUAUCUGGAGCACCUAUCAACCCGCAAACUGUCAAAUAAGACAACCCAGUCAGUUUUUUUUGUGUGCUGCCUAGAUCAGAUUUGACAUUAUGAGAAAAAUAAUCAUAAUAAUAAUCUCUAGUCUUUUUUUUUUUUUAGCAUUAAAGCAUGUUCUAGUAGAAAACCAAAAUACAAAGUAUGAACCUGGAAACGAGCACGAUAUGUCCCCUUCAAAGUAAAUUGACCCCAACCUUGCUACAGAAUAUUGUGUAUUUUUUUUUGUUGCUGAUAUUAAUAAACAUUUUUUCAGAA